UCAGCGCCGUUUUCAUUCGCGGCCCUUUCAGUCUCGUCGUGUCUUCUCUUCGUUUCUCUCACGACGAUCUACCCAACAUAAUUUUCUCUCCCUCUCUCUCUUUCUCUUUCUUUCUUUCUCUUACUCUCGUGUUCUCUCUUUUUCUCUCUUUAUUUCUCUCACUCUAUCUCUGAAUGAAAUAGUUAGAUCUCUCAGUGCCAACUAUCCCUCCGCACCCGUUGGAUUGCAUCUCCCGUUUGAGGAUCAGUUCCUAUCGUUAUUGUUCAAGAAGACACGAAAAGAAAGAAAAAAAAAAGAGAUAUCUGAUUGAUAUUGAAAACAAAAGAAAAAACAAACAAUCAAACAGAAAAGAAAACGAAAAAUAAUUUAAUGUUACGUGAUUAAUUUAUUUAAAAAAAUAAAAAAAAAACAGAUCUUGUUCUAAAAUACGCGCGUAACAAGAAAAAAAAGACAUCUCGUAGACGCGAAAAUUAUUUUGUUCAUUUAUUAAUGCAAGGUAAUAAGAAGAAGAAGAAGAAGAAAAAGAAGAAGCAGAAGAAUAAGAAAGGAUAAUAAAAGAAUAAUAUUCGAAAUAGUUUAAUCUAAUGCAAAUUGAAUAGAUCUAUUUAUAAAGUAUAGUUAAAAGUGUCAGUGUCGUGUGUGGCGACGACGUAGGUCGAUGCAACGUUAAAAUGUGGGAAGCUCGAGUGCGUUUCUCGUUGCGAAUAAAGAAAAAGUGUGUUCGGAGUGAAUCGGCUUGUAGCUGACUAUAACUUCAAUCUGUUGAGCGAUGUACGGAACCUUUGCUUCCGGAAAGGCGUAAUUCCCGCAGGAUGACACCAACCGAUGGCCGAUCACGAUCAACUUCCGAAUCUAAUGCCACCGUUGGUACCAACACCAAUACAACCAUUCCCAUUAAUAAUAAUAACAAUAAUAAUAACAACAACAACAACAACAAUCAUAACGUUGCUAGCAAUGUUGGCGGGAAUGGUAAUAAUAGCAACAACGGCCCUAACAUGACCAACAAUUCGGUCACGGUCAAUUCCAACGGCCACGAUGAGUGUGUGGAAGUGACGAUAUUCGAUGAGAAUUAUGAUAACAACCGUCUUCCUGAUGUAGUUGCUGAAAGUAAAAUCUAUGGUGUUACCGACGAUGAGGAACCUACGGAAUCGUAUUGUGCAAUAACCAUUCAAGUUUUCAUACCCUUUUUGAUAGCUGGCCUUGGCAUGGUUGGAGCUGGAUUAGUCCUCGAUCUAGUACAACACUGGGUAGUUUUUGAUAAGGUUAACGAACUUAUGAUCCUGGUACCAGCACUUUUAGGUCUAAAAGGUAAUUUGGAAAUGACUUUGGCGUCUCGUCUUUCAACGCAAGCAAAUCUUGGACACAUGGACACGCCUAAACAACAGUGGUACAUGAUAGUUGGGAAUCUAGUUUUGAUACAAUGUCAAGCAAUAGUGGUUGGUUUUCUUGGAUCGGUGGUUGCAAUAGUGAUGGGUGCUUUUCGAAAUGGUACAGUUUCUUUGGAUCAUGCAUACCUGUUAUGUGCUAGCAGCUUAGUUACGGCAUCUUUGGCUUCCUUCGUACUCGGUUUGAUAACCGCCGGUGUCAUAGUAUUUUCACGUCAUUGUCAUAUCAAUCCUGACAACGUAGCCACGCCUAUAGCUGCAAGUCUCGGUGACAUCACGUCGUUAGCCCUUCUUUCAUGGAUCUCGACGAUUCUUUACGAAUCAAUCGAUAAACAGGAUUGGUUGGCACCACUGGUUAUUGCUUGUUAUGUUCUUGUAACACCACUUUGGGUUUGGAUUGCCAAAAGGAAUAAAUAUACCAAUGACGUGUUAUAUUCUGGAUGGACACCUGUUAUGGUUGCCAUGUUAAUUAGCAGUUGCGGUGGUUUGAUACUCGAGUUCAUGGUCUCCCGUUUCGAAAAUCUGACGGUAUUUCAACCGGUGAUUAAUGGUGUUGGUGGAAAUCUUGUUGCCGUUCAAGCUAGUAGAAUAUCAACGGCACUUCACAAACAGGCUGAACUUGGGACACUUUUGAUACCAACCGGUCAAACUCAUCCAGUCAUUUUCAUUACCCCAAUAGCUAAUUUCUUUGGCAAAGGUAUACACGCAAGAACAACGAGAGUAUUGAUGGCUAUGGUGAUACCCGGUCACAUAAUUUUCAUAUAUCUAAUUAAUUACAUGAAAGACGGUAACACAUCGUUAACACCAUUGUUCGUAUUUGUAUAUCUUUGUGCUGCCGUGUUACAAGUUGCUGCACUAUUGUAUAUCGCUUAUAUAAUGAUCCAUUGGAUGUGGAAAAGAAAAAUAGAUCCUGAUAAUUCGGCAAUACCAUAUCUAACAGCAAUGGGUGAUUUACUUGGCAUCAGUUUACUUGCUAUAGCUUUCCAAUUUUUAUAUCUCGUUGGUGAUCAGGAUUACGGCGAUCAAAUAAAACCCUGAACGUGUGUG